GAGAAGCAGGGACGAGGACUCAAGUGUGUGGCAUGUGUGCUGGAGGUGUGCUUUACUGUGUGGCCUGCAUGAUUGCAGGAGCAUUGGUGAUUGUGAUUGUACGUGUGUGUGUGUGUGUGUGUGUGUGUCUGUGUGUCCCUCUGUGUGCAUCCUUCAGCUCACCAGUCUGCCAAGUACCACUCAAAAAGCAGCCAGAGCAACCAUUUGCAAGAGGGAGUGUCUGAGUGAGAGGGCGAAUGAAUGAACAAGUGGUCACAAGCUUGCGUCUCUUGUCUGGACGCUGUGGUUUCUCAGGCGUCGUCAUUAGGAAGUGUGACAAAGGAGACAAAAAGGAAAGUACAAAAAAGAAAAGGCAGGGGAGGAGCAGGCUAGUUGAGGAUCCCGAGUGUUUCAGUGAACAAUGAGUUCACAUUGAACCUUUCCCUCUAUUUCUGUCAUUUGGAGAUGUGGCGUAACCAUGGUAAUCACAUGAAAAACAACAUGAUGACGAGAAAAAAAGCACGUGUUUAUCAGGAGUUUGUCUGUUCUUGUGCAACUUGCUCAGUUAGGCAUGUCAGUGUGUAAAACACUCCAGCACUGUGUUUUCUUUUGUGUGUUUUGGUGACUCAUCCAUUUUUUUUUAGCUUAGAUUUGAUUGAUGCCAAUGAGGACCAAUAAUAACCUGCGGCAGUGAGCCGCUGCAACAAGGCAGUAAGGACAGGAAACAGCAGGCUGAAAUAACGACAGGAAACACGCUCCAAAUUCUUCAUUUUUGGAAUUUGAAGGCUGUAAACCUCUGAAGAGAUGGCGUCCCUCCCGCUCCUGGUCCUGCUGCUGCUGACGGUUGCUCGUGGUGCCACCGGUCAAGACUCGGAGAACUCCGAGGCUCUCCCGAGAGGCUGCGGCUGGGGCUUUGUGCGUCCCUACACGCUCCUCUGUGACCUGGACUCCAUCUGGGGUGUGGCGGUCGAGUCAGUGGCUGCCGGCGGGGUGCUGACUGCCCUCUUGCUGGCCCUCAUCCUGCUGUGCCGCUUCCACCACAUCAGUGAGGCCGAGAAGCGCAGCGGCGUGGGACCCAUCCUGCUGCUGCUCCUCGGCGUCCUCGGCUUGUUCGGCCUGAGCUUCGCUUACCUGAUCGAGCAGGACGAGUCUCUAUGUUUGCUCCGCAGGGCCCUGUGGGGUCUCCUGUUUGCCGUCUGCUUCUCCUGCUUGUUGGUGCAGGGCGUCCGCCUGCGACGGAUUGGCCUCGAGCGGCGGAGCCCUGGCGGCUGCGCCCUGACGGGCCUCGCGCUGGGUUUGAGCGCCGUGCAGGGCAUCAUCGCUGCCGAGUGGCUUCUUCUCACCGUGCUGAGGGAGGGACGAGCCGCCUGUCAGUACCUGCCACUGGACUUUUCACUAGCCUGCAGUUACGUGCUGGUCCUCCUCCUAGCCGCGCUGACUGCCGCCUGCCUGGCCCUGUGUGGGAAGACCCAUCUGUGGCGCUGCAAUGCCAUCUGGCUGCUGGUGACCUGCCUGCUGUCGCUGCUCCUGUGGGUGGCCUGGGUGGGCUUCUACCUGUACGGCAACGCCUGGUUCGGGAGGUCCCCAGAAUGGAAUGACCCGGCACUGGCCAUUGCUUUAGUAGCUCAGGGUUGGCUGCUGCUGAUCUUCCACGCCAUUCCCGAAUCCCACAUCUGCCUGAGACCCCCUCCACAGCCAACUGCCCCAGAUUACUUUGACACCUCCCAGAACUCGACACGGCUGAGGGAGACCAGCUUUGAUGAAGACAUCCCUCUCUCUCACAGGCAGUUUGUGGAGAACCAGGGCUACGAAUACAACGACGAGAACACUGCAGGCGUGAGGACCGCCGCCGGUGCCGGGCAACAGAAAAGCAACACCGCCCCCAGGCCCAGUGCUCCUUUCCGCAGCAACGUCUACCAACCCACCGAGAUGACCAUGAUCCUGAACGGGGGAGCGGUGCCCUCUGCCCCUCCAACCUACACAGGGAGGCAGCUGUGGUGAGUGAGAGGAUUGUAAAGAAGAUGUGCGGUCGAAAAUGAAGCGGAGGAAGGAGAGAGUGAGGAACGAGGGGUCCGGAGCGAGAGGCCCGUCUGGUUGAAUUGGACUUAAAACAUGGAUGCCAACUGUGCUGUUUCACUCUGUAUAAAGAGACUGUGUGCCAAUCAACUAUUGUUUGAGUGUGUGUGAGUCUGAGAGAGAGAGUAGGGCAUGGAGGACAGAGCUAAAGCUCUUCUAGCACACACUUCUCUAUAGAAGGGUUAAAAAACUCGAAACGUGAGCAGCAAAACACAUGCCGACUCAGAUCUGAAAAACAUCAACACGCAGUAUACUUUUCCAUUUUGUUUGAUUUGCUCCCCUGAGACUAUUCAGCACUGUAAGCAUCUUUGAAAAACUGUGAAAUCUGUCGCCUUUACCGGCUCCUCGCUUUAGGAUGUCUUUUCUGCCACUCUUCACAAUGCUGACUCUCGCGGAAACAUUUGGCUCCGUCCUCCAUCCACAGUGUAAAGACAGAGCACACGGGCAACUGUACAGCUCAAGCACCGCCCGUCUAAAAUAAUCACACCUCUGUGGGUGUGUAUGUACAGAAUAUGAGAGUGUGUGUAUUCCCAACAUCUCAUCUCCACCACUCCAAUAAACCUUCCCCUCUGCGAACACCUCUUCUUCCUCCCUCCCCAUCUCUUUUUCCGGUUUCACGGCACACAGUCUGUGAAUAUAAAACAUCACUCCUGCCCCGUCCUCACACCUGCAUGGACACUUUGCAAAAAUGUGAAACAAAACUGAAUCCCGAACUGGAGGUCGGAAAAAGUUCCCAAUGGCCGCGCACGGGCCGUAAAAGCGGCCUGGAGCACCUGAACAGAAGGAUUGCAAGCUGCUAAUGAAGUGCUGUUGGAUACGCUGGAGCAGAGUGGAUUCUGAUUGGACGUCGAGGGCAUCAGUCGUCGUCGGUGGGGAGGCACCUCUUCAUCUAGGUCAACUGCUCUCCCACAUCUCUGGUGCCUACUGGCGUUUUGAACCAGCCAGUAGAAACUGUCACUUUAUAUCAGCAGGAAACGGAGCGAGGAAAUGACACGUUCUCCUGCACUUAGCUCUCCUAUCUGUGUUCAUGUGUGCGCUCGUGUGAUUUUAUGAGUGACGGGAAAAAAUACAAAAGUCAAGGUUGCUUUCUGGUGCUAAAUAUCCCUCCACACAACUUCCUAGUGUGGCGCAGAACUACAAGAACAAGGCUGAUGCAGUCUGUGAGUGACAGGCUAUGGAUAGAGCUGUGGCGGGUGUGGAGAUAUCCUAGAGCCUGAGGAAGAUCAGAUAUACAGUGCAAGGUAGAACGAGGGAGAUCAAAUGUUAGAGGGGGAAGAAGGGCAUGGGAGCGAGGAGGAAGGAGACAGCGAGUGACGGGCCGAGAGGAGUCCACGCGACACUGAGAUCUGUGUGAGGAGACGUCUCCCUGGCCUGUGUGAUGUGUGGGCGGCCGUGCUGCUCUGAUGGGUGUGUUCUUCAUCUGGUGAAGCGUGUGUGUCUCCUUCCUCCUCCUCCUCCUCUUCUUCCUCUUCCCUGUGGUCGGCUAUAGAUCAAGUGUAGCCGCGUGCCAAGAAGGACUCUUGUUUCACUGGACUCUCCGUUUCACGCCCUUUCCCUUCACCACGACACCAGCUCUCUCUCUUCACCAGAGAAGCUGUGUACAUAGUAGUGCUGUAAAGCUUUGCUUUCUUGUUCACUUUUUUUAACUGUAGCCUGAGUUUAGACACCGGUGUCAUAUGACCCACUGGUGAACUGACUACUGCAAACUGUUUUUGUCUGGGUAUUUUUUUUAACUGGUUUGCUUUGUUGUUCAUACAUUUGGGUAUUGUUACAAUAUACUGUGAUUUCUCUCUCGCUGGUGUCUUAUCGUUUUCAAACUAGCAUUCUUGGAAAUGUUUUGCCAACACUAGAUAUGCUUUUGGAUUCAUGUUCAAAUGAUAAGUUCUCAUUCACAGGGAUCUACUCGAGUUGUACUUCCGGUUCUCUCUUUGCUGUUACGGGGACACAAACCAUCGAUCACAAACUAUUAUGAUGAAUAUUGUUGGGCCCUUAAUGCAGUAAACAAUGACUUAUUCUUCAAUACUUACGGGAUGAUUAUUGAAUAAUAAAUUAGAGCAGGCAGGGCUGAAGGGACUUAAAUCCCUCACCAACAGUAAUUUUGAUGAACAAUGGUUUUACAUCAACCAUCAACGAAGAAAAGCCAAAGGGUCCCUCCCCCCCCCUCCCCCUCCCCUCGACUGCUGCUGUACAUUCAUGUUAUUCUAAAAUAGGACUGGUUCCAGCAGGCCGUCUCGAGGCCCAAACAGAGCGUCCUGCUGGAGCGCCACGCUCCAUGUGGGUCGACCCUGCUCCGAAACAGGAGCUGUGUUAGUCAUAAAGAGGAACGGUCCUCAGGGGUUUGGAUGGUCAGCGGUGACGAGAUAAAACUCAAGCACUUGGGGCGCAGGAGGCAGGUUUCAGUUCUUGCAAUGUUUUCACUCAAUGUGGAGUACAAAAAAAUAAUAAUAACGUGACUUUGUAGAUUUUGCACUUGUCGACUACCUAUCUGUGCAUGCUUAUCACCAUUUCUACAUGUAAGACCUUUCUCAGAUGUACUUUUGAAUACUAUCUAUUUAUGUAAAAGGUCAUGUGACUGCAAUCAGAAUUCCCAUGUAUAUCAGAUGACACACUUAAUGUCUGUGCUUUCUCAAACACAAAAAGAGAGCUGGCUCUUGAGAAGCGAAAGGAUUAAAGUCAGGGAAAAAAGGUCAAAAAUAGUACGUUUCCCCUAAAAGGAACAACGUGCCAUAAUCACUGGACCUAAUAAUAACUUCCACUGUUAGUUUAAAGACUCGUGGGGAAGAAAAAAAAGAAUUUUCGAACUGAUAUUGUGUUGAAAAUCAGAUAGACUGUGGUGAUAUUUGCACAAUACUUCUCUAUGUUAAGUUUGUCAUCCCUGGGCAGCCCACUGAACCUCCACCCUCCCUGGGUGGGUCAUGUCCUUGCCCAUCCUCUCUGGUUCAUCUUGCCUUCAGACUGUUCCAACGGGUCAGCUGACGGGGGUGAUAUUGGUUUUCACAGCUGUGACUGUGCAGUGACACAGCAUGCCUAUGUAUAGAACUUGAUUCCCCUGAUUAGAAGAAGAAAAACAAACGGUGAACUCAUGUUUCUGUAACUGAAUCAGGAAAGAAAAUAAGUACAAUAAAGUGUCAUGUUUGUAGUUAACUCCAAA